AUGACUUCGCUACAGACACCUCACGUUGACAAUUCAGACCAAUUGCUUCGCAAGAGUCUAAGAAUAGACGAAUCUAAUCGCAAACGAAAGGUGGAUGAUGAAUGUGUGGCAGCAGAGCUGGAGAAAAGUACAGGUGGAAAUAAAGGGGAUCAGGAGAAUGAAAAACUCGCUAAGAAGCAGAAAUUGGAACAGGAGAAGGGUUUAAAGAGAGCAAAGAUGGAAGAGGAAAAAAGGGCCAAAGCUAGGAGAAUAGAAGAAGAGAAGGAAGCAAAACGCAAGAAGCUAGAGGAAGAAAAAGAAGCAAAACGAAGGAAACUAGAACAAGAGAAGCUAGAAAAAGAAAAGAGGAAAUUGGAGGAGAAAUUGGAAAAGGAAAAGAAGAAGGAGUUGGAGAGGUUGGAGCGUGAAAAGAAGAAGCAAGCUGAACAGGCUGAACGGGAACGAAAGAAACGCGAGGAGCAGGCCGAGAAAGAACGCAAGAGGCAAGCAGAGCAGGAGGAAAGAGAACGCAAGAAGCAAGCUGAGUUGACUAAGAAAGAACGUAAAAGAGAAGAAAGAGAAAGAGAGAAACUAGAAAGAAAGUUGAAAUUGGAGGAAGAAAAGAAGACCAAGGAAUUGGAAAAGCAAAGAAUUGAGGAGGAAAAGAGAAAGGCGGACGAAGCUAAAGAGCGAAGUCAGAUGAAGAUCUCUAAUUUUUUCCAAGUUCGCCCUCAGGCGAGUCAAACCAAAGACGAAACGGUCAAGACAGAGGCAGAAGAGGUUAGGAAAAGUGAAUACGAGACAGAGUUUUUGCCAUUCUUUGUGCAACGGAAUGUAAUGUUGAAGGAGUAUCAGUAUUGCACAGGGGAAACCAAGCUGGAACUUGAUUGUAUCAUGUCUGGGCAAACCCCGAAAACAUGCACUUUUGACUCUUUUCUUAAUCUAAAGAGACUGAAGUACACACCGCAACAAUCUAUCACACCUGAGGCGAUAUUGAACGCGCUCAAUCUCCCCACCACUAGCGAGCAGCAAGUGCUUCAAAUGGUGGAAAAGCUUCCACCCAUCAAGUUUAUCAGCUUUUACGAAAACUCAAAACCACCAUACACUGGCUCGUGGUGUUCGCAAAAACAUCAAGAUCAACAAAUGGCCAUAAUUACGAACCCCCUAGAUAAAGAAAUUACGGGAUUUGACUAUGGGUAUGAUUCCGACUUGGAAUGGGAUAAUGAAGAGAAGGAUGGUGAAGACAUUGAUGAUGACGAUGAUGAGGAAGAGGAUCUACUGAUGCUCCCUGAUGAAGAAGAUGACGAGUUUAUUGAAAAUGACUCCCAGUCCAAGCAAAACAACAUACACCAGAUGGUGGUGAUUAAUAAAUGGAAUAAUGAUGAGAAUAGAGAGUUUUUCAGUCACUAUACUACGCUGCACAUUGUUGAUUUAAGUAAGUUAAAGAGCUUUGUAUAG